CAGGAGAGAGGGAGGAAAAUAGAGAGAAGUGUGAGGGAAAGAGAGGGAGAGAAAGGGAGGGAGAGAGGGAGGAAAAUAAGAGGCAUCAGCUCCAUCUAUGUGACUCUCACACUGUCGGAUAUUAUUAUUAUUAUCAUCAUUGUUUUUAUUUUUUAACGAGGGGGAUCUUCUUCAUUUCCUUCAUCUUGUUGCAUUUUUCUCGCUCAAGUUUCUUUCUUCUUCUUCUUUUUUUUUUUUUCUUCCUCCAAUCGCCUCGACUCUGCUCUGCUCUUUCUAAUCCUCUUUCCCGGGACUACACAGCGACGCCGUCAUUUCUGCUUCUUUUAUUCCAUUUUUAUUUCUUCUCGUUAUUAUUACUGUUGUUUAAUUGCUCCGUGCGGAUCCCAGAAUUAUAUCCGAUCGAUCGACCGACCGACCGGACUGGAUUGGACUGGACCGGACUGGACCAGGAUCAGGAUCGGGAUCGGGAUCGGCGGAACCGGACCGGAUCGGACCUGACCAGGCCACCGUUGUUUUUGUUUUUGUUUUUUAUUCUCCCCGUCUUUUAUUUAAUCUCUCAUUUAUGUUUCGGUUCCGUUUGAAAGGCUCGUGCAGGAUCGGAGGAUGCAUUUAGACUCGGUAAACAUGCUGCUGCCAUUUUGGAGAUAAACCCCCCCCCUCCUCCUCCUCCUCCUCCUCUUCUCUUUCUCUCUGUUUUUAUUUUUUAUUUCGCUAUUUCUUCUUUUGCACGUUAAUCCUUUUCUUUUCCUCUCCAUGGGACGGCCGGUGCAGCGCGACGUCAGGUGGACAUCUUGAGCUCACGCGCACACGGACGGACACACACACCUGUCCGCGCACACCUUUUUUUUUUUUUUUUUUUUUUUUUUUGGUUGACGGCGCGCCUGUCAAUUAGUGGCACUAAGUGGAUUAUUUUGAUCUUGAACUUAGAAGUCUGCAGGUUGCUCCCCCACCACCUCCUCCACCUCCUCCUCCUCCUCCUCCCGUCGUAAAGUUAUGUCCAGGCCUCUCGCUCAGCUCCUGCCUCCGGAUCUCCCAGCCGGGGCCACCAGCCCCCAGUUUGGGGCCAGCAACCCGGCUGGAAGUGGGCCCCAAGGCGGACACCUGACCUCCAUGACCAACCUGAAGUCGCUGCUGCAGCUGCCGAUCAAGGCCGAUCAGAGAGUUACGAAGGAUUGCUGCGGGAUGAAAGACAAAGACAAGCCCCUGGACUCUGAUGAAGACUCGCUGGGUGUCGGUGCCGGAGGCCCCGGCGGGCCCGGAGGAGCCCCAGGCUCCGGGACCCUGCGGAACAACUCCCAGUCGGCCUUCCUGGGCCCCCUGCUGUGGGAGAGGACCCUGCCCUGCGACGGGGGCCUGUUCCAGCUGCAGUACAUGGACCUGGAGGAGUUCCUGACCGAGAACGGGAUGGGGAUGCACAGCAACGGGCCCAGCUCCGCCAGCGCCCAGAUCCCCUCCCAGAGCUCCCAGUCGGCGGUGCCCAACCAGAGCUCCCAGUGUCCCCCCACCUCUCCUCCGCCCUGCUCCUCCUCUUCCUCCUCCAUGUCCUCUUCGUCGUCCUCCUCCUCGCUGCUCGGACUAGAGACCGUCCAGCCGCAGCCGCAGCCGCAGCCACCGCCACCGGCGCCACCUCAACAGCAGCAAGGCAUGAUGGGAGGACCGGAGUGUCUACACGGCGGACAGGCGGUGCCUCAGGACCCGUCACCCCCCUCCACCUGUCCCCCAGGACCCCCCGGGCCCCCGGCGGCGGCGACCCACGGCAACAGCGACAUCAUGGUGAACUUUGACCCCGACCCGGCGGACCUGGCGCUGUCCAGCGUGCCGGGCCAGGAGGCGUUCGACCCGCGGCGGCACCGCUUCAGCGACGAGGAGCUGAAGCCUCAGCCCAUGAUCAAGAAGGCCCGAAAGAUGCUGGUUCCCAACGAGCAGAAGGACGAGAAGUACUGGAGCCGGCGCGUGAAGAACAACGAGGCGGCGAAGCGUUCCCGGGACGCCCGGCGGCUGAAGGAGAACCAGAUCUCGGUGCGCGCCGCCUUCCUGGAGCGGGAGAACGCCGCCCUGCGCCAGGAGGUGGCCGACAUGAGGAAGGAGCUCGGCCGCUGCAGGAACAUCAUCAACAAGUACGAGAGCCGGCACGGAGACUUGUGAGGCGUAAAAGGAGACGGCGGAAAUAAAAUUAGAAGAAGAAGAAGAAAAAGGAAGAUGGGAGGGGGACAUGAGAAAAAGGGUACAAAAGGCCAACCCGACAAUAGCUGCACUUUAGUUGAAAUGGCGAGAUGGAAGAGGCGGGCGUAGACCUGCAGCAAGCAGCGUGCAACACCGGGCGCAAACACCAAAAAAAAAUAAAUGAAAAUAAAUAAAUAAAUAGUGGGCUUUAGUGCGCACGCUGUGCUUCAGGAUUUCAUGACAGGAAAGCACAGCGACGCCACACACACACACACACAUAUAUAUAUAAAUAUAUAUAUUUUCCUUUCCGGUUUGACUCUCUUUGUACAUGUUGCUUGGCUGAACCCACACACAACCACACACAACGUACUGUACUCACCUCGUGACGCCUCGGGCAGCUUUUCGUCACCCUCGGUGCUGUGCUUGCGCCCGGUGUCGCAUGGCGUUUUUUGCAGGUAGUGCGUUUCACGGCCCUGCUCACAACCUCCUCUCCGGCCACUUCAAACAGGGUGUUCAUCAAUUCACAACAUGCCACAGUGAAAUGUCACGUUUCGAAGCUCGCGGCAUGGACACAAGCCAGGAGAGAUCAGAUGUGUAAUUUUUUUUCUAUAAAUAGUACAGAAGAAGAAGAAGAAGAAGAAGAAACAUGUAUAUUUUUUUGAACUGGGCAGGAAGGCGAGACUAGUCCAGCAAAGAGGAGGAGGAGGAGGGAGGAGGAAGAGGGGGUUUUCGUCCACAACGCAAAGAGAUUUUGACAUAGGAUUAUUGUAUAUUUUUCUAUUAGCAGAGGUUAUUCAGGAGGAGGAGGAGGAUUUUGGAGAUAAUCUUUUGUAUAUUUUAUAUAUGGGGGCGGGGAAGGGGCUGUUAGCUGGACAGUCACGGGGCCACAUAAAGCGCUUUUCCUCCCAGCUCUUUAAAAAACAAAAACAAAACAAACAAAAAAAACAAAACAACAACAACAAUAAAUGAUCUAUUUUCAAUUUUACGGAGCUGGUUAGUCGGAGGCUGAACAGAGAAUGUAUCCCGGUUGAAUCAGGUAUUUCACACGGCGUGAGACAAGGCGAGGUAUCUUAGUAACGAUGGGGGAGGGGGGUGUGAUAUAUAUACAUAUAUAUAUAUAUAUAUAGAGAGAGAGAGAAAGAGAGAGAGAGGACAGACGGUGAAACAAAAAAUUGUAUAGUUUUAUGAAAUUUUUGUGUUUUAUUUUUUUCUCCUCGUGAUCUCGUCCGAGCACUUGAGUUGUUUCCUUCUCCUUUGAUUCCGUGUCUGAAUCUGAAAUAAUUAAUCGCAGGGCUUUUUAAUUCUUUUUAUUUCUACUUUUUUCUUUUUUCUUUUUUUUGUUUUUCUUUCUUGAAGGUGCAGGAAUAAACAGGAAGUAUAAUUAGCCAUGUGAGCAGAGAGCAGCUGCCGGACGUGAGCAGAUGUUUCAGAGUAAAAAAAACCGAAGAGUUUCGCUGGCGGCCGGUUUCGCUCUGAGUUGUGUUUUUUUUGCAAACUUUCAACCGUCCCGAUCGCGGUUCUUCUUUCUUUCUUUUGCUCCUCGAUCGUGUCCAGGAAGUGCAAAAAAAAACAAAACAAAAAAACAACACAAACAAACUGCUCAGACGGAGAAUGGUGACUGAAACCUUCAGCAUGCACGCACACAAACAAACAGACACGCACAGCCCUCACCCAGGUUUUUAACCCUUAUUAUUAUUCUUCUUAUUGUUGUUGAUGUUGUUAUGGACUUCUAUGGUGCUGAUCUGAUCUGAUCCUCCACCUGAAACACACACAAACACACACACAUGCACAUACAAAUCACAAACCACAAUCACACACACACACACACACAUAUAUGCAAACACACUUUAGAAACACUACCACCAUCUCAAACACAGUACUGAACUGCCUAUACCCUUUCUUUGUCUUUUAUUCCUUCUUUUUAGUUUCUUUUGUUGCAUAUUGUAUUGAUAAAUCGUAUAUAGAUUUACACUCGUCUAUACCUCUCCCUCAAACUUUACCCAAUGAGAAAGAGAAAUGCACCCUAUUGCUACUGUACCAUACAACUGUACUAUUGAUAUUGAACUAUUCUCUCACUAGAUAUAUAUGUGUAUAUGAUAUAUGCUUGAAUUAUGUGAUUAUAGUUGUAAUAUACAUAAUUGAAUAUAUUACAGAAAAACCCAAUGGAAUCAUUUUGUCCGUUUUUUCUCAGGUGUUUUUUGUCUGAGUUAUGACUUAUUAAAGAAAAAAAAACACACACACACACACACACACACAAAAGUUUUUGAUCCAAUCCAACAAUUUGUGAUUAUUUUUAUUUUUUUUUUUACUUUAAAUUUUUUGGAGGGAGGGUUUUAUUCCUGUUGGGUUUUAUUGUUAUGAUUCAGUUUUCGACCCACUUUGCUACUAACUCACCAGCAUGGGACAAAAAAAAAAUAAAAAAAUAAAAAAAUUAAACCACCUGACCCGUCCACUAAGCCCCGCCCACUCAUGGUUACUGUUGCUAUGGCUGUCAAGCUAGUUUACCACUGCAACAGUGGCAUUUUUAUAAGUUGUCGACUUCCCACUCAACCAGACAUACGAUAAUUAUCGUAAUUGUACGAUUAUAUCACCCUCUUUACGAGUAAUUCCAAAAAUCCCAUAAUGGCUAUUAGCGAACGCAAAUUAAGGGUGUGGCCACUUUGAUUGACAGGUGGUGCUAAGCUGUUUUCCUCCCCUCUGCUUCUUUUUUCAAUCAGCUAGCAGUUAGUUGGAGUCAGGCGCAGCCAAGAUGGCGGCAGCCGGCGACACAACACUGAGCUUCAAAACUGUUCUUCAGGAAACUUGUGGAGAGAGUUGCUAGCAUCAGAAAGCUUUCUUGAGCAAGUAAGCUAAACCUCAACUAUUUGGACAUUGGACAUCAAGAAUCUUAUGUUAUAUUUUUACUUUUAGAAGAUAAAGUAACGACAGGAAAGACUAGUUUACAACUUGGUUUAACCUCGUUGCAUAACCCUAGAUGGUAGCUGCCAGUUUUCUUGCUCACUAGUAUUCCAACAAACUCUAGCAAAACAAAACAAAAAGAAAUAUGCUAACGUCAGCUACACUUCCUAGCAGGCUAAUAGUUUGCUGAAAUUUAUUCACUAUGGACUUAUAGGCUGUAAAUAAAAAUGAUUGACAUGCUAUCACCUUCUCCCACUGUACAAAAGUGAAGCCAAAAUAUAGAUGAAAUGGACGCUGCCAUUUUGUUCUGAGGGUGUCAUUUGUUACCAGAGUUGGGGACAUGCUAACAAAGUCUGUAGCAAAUACACAAUGGACACUUUCCAGGCUAAUGCCAAGUUCCAUGUAUCAUGUGAGAAAAACAAAAACUCACCUUAUAAAUACAAACAAAAGUAGGAAGACAUGCGAUACAUUUAUUUGAAAAAUCUACUGCUACAUAGCAGGCUAAUUGUUUCUUAAACAAAAGAUAUGAUGCUAAUGGAGUUAAUUUACAAGUGUUGCGCCAAAGAUGGCGACUGUUUUAAUUGAAAGUUUAAAACACAAUAGAUGAACAUGAAGAUGAACAAUGUGUCACCUCUUCCUUCCACUGUACAAAAGUGAAGCCAAAACUUGGAGGAAAUGGAGGCCGCCAUUUUGUUCUGAUGACAUCAUUUGUAACCAGAUUUGGGAACAUGCUAACAACUCCUUUCCCGAGCUUUACACAGCGCUACAGCACCACAAUCUGGAAAAUAGUGGAUGCUCCCCAAUCAUUUGAUUAAAAAUGAUUAGUAACUGCUACUCAUUUAGCUAGCUCGCUAGUUAUACAUCAACUACUCUUUCAUUUGAUUGUUCUCUUAGCUACUUUCUCGUUAAAUUGUUACCAAAAACAUUAAUUUGCUUGAUGGGCCAGCAGCUCCUACCUGUGAUUGGACGGUCACUGAAUGGGGGGGCGUGGCUUAUUGGACGGCUUUACAGAUUGGUCAUGUUUUUAUUUACAAUUAAACUCUAGUUCUUGUUACCUGCUAUACAGUCGUCACAGUUGCAAGUAUUAUGUAUGAUUGUUCUUGUUCUUGUUAAAUUUCUUUUCUUGCAUCCGCUUUGUUUCCGCAGGGGAAGUUGUGAUUUGAUUCUCACAUAAAUCCCUCCUUUGAUUACCAAGACCAACUUUCACUUGAUUUCCCAUCAGCCUGUUUGCUGUUGUGACUAUUGACAGAGACUUAACAGAGCCCCAGGUGUAUUAUGGGAGUUGUAGGUCUCUCCUUGAUAUAUAUAAAUAUAUAAAUAUAUAUAAAUAUAAAUAUAUUUUCCUUUUUCUUGUCUUCUUUUUGGGAAUAUGUUCAAAUCUGAGACACAAACUGUUAAAUCCCUGGAAGAAAAGUCUCAGAGCUUCUUCCAUCUGUUGGUGGAUGCAGGAAGCUGUUUUUCUUUUGAUACCUGGGAUUUGGGGAUUUCUUCACAGACGUUUCAGAAACUUUUUUGACAGUGCUAUUUUUCUAUGUAACUGUGAUGUUGAGCGUGCUACAACUUUUUCUUCUGACGGGGGGCGUUUGAGGCCCAACCAACCUUCACGCGGUGGCAGCAGCAGCAGCAGCAGCGACACUUUGCUGCUGCACCAUGAAACGGCAUUGCGGGUAACAAUGACAACAAUAAUAAUGACGAUGACGAUAACAAUAAUGUACACAGCCUUGUUGUUUCUUCUUCAACUUUUGUGGAUUCUCAGCUAACUUCUCCUUGUUGUGACUGACUGUUAUGAGCUACGAGUCCCAUGAGAGCAACACUAUCCCCGACUCCUCACCAAUAUUGUGUGCUGUCCACAGAGAUGAUGGCAUAUGUUGUCUUUUUCUCCCUCCAAACACAAAUAAAGGCUAAUCCUUAUUCACUGA